UCUUGUACAUUCCUUCUUUCCACCUUGUUCUACAGAGUCACUCAAUCCUCGUCGUGUCUGUACUCAUCAAAAUGAACAAAUCAAUCGACGCUGUGACUUCCAACCAUGAUGCCGUCGCCGACUCCAGCAGCGAUCUGCUGGAUGAGAAGCGAGGCACGGUCAAGGAUACGGAGGACAUGAAGCGUAUGGGAAAGCAGCAGCUGUUCAGACGUAACUUCGGCUUCCUCUCUAUAUUCGGCUUUGCGAUGAUCUUGAUGAGCACAUGGCAAGCUCUGUUAGGUGUCGCCGCCUUUGGUCUUGGAAAUGGUGGAACCGCCGGUCUCAUCUACCUAUACAUUAUCGUGGUAAUCUUCUUUGGUAUGGUCAACAUAUCCAUGGCCGAAAUGGCAUCAAUGGCUCCCACUGCAGGUGGACAGUACCAUUGGAUCUCCGAGUUUGCGCCACGAAGCUAUCAAAAAGGUCUCUCCUUCUUGGUGGGCUGGCUAUGCUCAUUGGGCUGGCAAAGUGGUGUGUCGAUUGGUUGUUUCCUCGCUGCCACUGAGAUUCAGGGCUUGAUCGUCCUCAAUAACGACGACUAUGUCUAUGAAAGAUGGCACGGAACACUUCUCACCAUUGCGGUUGUCCUGUUCGUAGCUUUCUUCAAUACCUUCCUGGCCCAACAUCUCCCACUUGUUGAAGGAUUGGUGCUGUGCUUGCAUCUGGGAGGUUUCAUCUGCAUCUUGGUGCCUCUGUGGGUACUCGGCCCCCGAGGAGAUUCACACGAGAUAUGGACGACUUUCUCGGACGAAGGCGGCUGGGGCUCAACUGGUCUCGCAACUCUGGUCGGCAUAAUUACACCAGUCACAGCAUUCCUCGGAGCUGAUGCUGCUGUGCAUAUGUCGGAAGAACUGAAGGAUGCAUCCAAAACCCUCCCACGGGUGAUGAUCUCAACUUCGGUCGUCAACGGAGCUUUGGGAUUCGUUAUGCUUAUUACCUUUUGCUAUACCCUGGGAGACCUUGAGGAAGUCCUUUCCACACCCACGGGCUACCCAUUCAUCCAAGUGUUCUACAAUGCAACUGGUUCCAAGGGUGGUGCAACGGCAAUGUCUUGCAUUUUGGUUGUGUCUGCCAUCGCCAAUGGCAUGACCAACAUGGCUACGGCCUCACGUCAACUGUUUGCUUUUGCUCGAGAUGGCGGCGUUCCAUGCCACAAGUGGUUCGCAAGUGUAUCGCCUCGACUGCAAAUUCCGAUGAAUGCCAUCUUGUUCACCAUUAGCUUCUCGGUGUUGUUCUCCCUGGUCAACAUCGGAUCGACAGUCGCAUUCAACCAAAUCCUGUCGCUUGGUCUGGCAUCACUGUUGUCGUCGUACUUCAUCUCAAUCUUCUGCCUGUUUCUUCGCAGACUCCGCGGCCAGACUUUACUGCCAUCGGCAUUCAGCCUGGGAAAAUUUGGAAUUCCCAUCAACAUUGGCAGCCUUGCCUUCUUGGCUCUCGCCUUUACCAUGAGUUUCUUUCCAGGAGGGAGCAACCCAACCGUUGAAUCGAUGAACUGGUCUUCUUUGGCAUUCGGAGGCACUUUGAUCCUUGGCGGGAUCUACUACGUCGGCUGGGCAAGGCACCAUUACGUAGGCCCUGUUGAAUAUGUGAGGAAGAGUGAUUGAGCACCUUGCUGGUUCUCACCAACAAUUGCGUAUGUCUUGGGAGCGGCGUUCCCGCAGCAGCCCCGGCCAUGUCGAGGCCAGCUCCGGACCUCCGGAGUUUGAACAGAAACCAUAUCGCCAAUUGCUCAUCACCGAGCAUUGGCGGCUGUAAAGAUGCCAGGACGGUUCAUUGUGCCGCAACUGGUCACUUGUUGUAGAAAUUGAGAAAGCAUAAGUGGUCACUCGCUUGCUGUUAAUCA